AAUUACAUAUAAUUAACAAUAUAUAUAUAUAAUUUAUUUUAUUGAUAUGUAAGAUGUUGAUUUUAGUAAUUUGUUUUAAGUUAAAAGUUAUUUUGUUGUUCUUAUUUUCAUCAAAUGAAAUCAAAUAUAACUUUUGUUGAUAGUGUUAAAAUUAGUUUUUAAUAAUAUUAUGAUAUUACUAACUUUGUUAUUUUAUUUUAUAAAAAUUAUCAUAAUUAUUAAAUUUUUACUUUUACUAAUUAUUUUUAACGUAGAAAGCCUUCUAAAUCAUAUAUACAAAAAUUCACAAAAUAUUAUAAAAGAUAAACAUAGUGCUGUGGUAUAAAAUAGAACUAUCCGAAAACGAUAGUAUAUAAGCUGAACCACACCAAAAUAUAUAUGUGAUAUUAAUUUGAUAGCUAAUUUUUAUAAGUUGAAAUACCAAAAAGUAAAAAACGAACCAAAAAAACGAACUAAAAUUCCAAUUAAACACCUCCGCAGGUCAUAAAAAGAAAAUUUGUUACAUUAGAGUCAAAUGAUGUAGAGUUUACAAGUUGAACAUUUUCUUUUAAUUUGAGGGGUUUGUAUUUUUUAAAGUCAAGUGUUUAUGGUACAAAAUCUAGGCAAAUGUGAAUGCAAAGAGUAAGGAAACAAAAUUGCUAAAUAAUGUUAAGAAAUUUUUUGUCAUAUUCACAGCUUUGAUAUGUAAUAUUUUUUUCAUUGUUACCAUUUACAUGGACACAUGUUAUCUUAAUAUCUACUUCAUAUUUUAAUUGUCUUUUACAAUAAUAUCUUAAAACAUUAAUUGAAAAUGUCAUAAAAUCAAAACAACAAUUUAUCACAUACCAUACAUAACCUCUUCUCUAAUAUCUUCCUACAUAUUGAUAUCCUUUAAUUUAUGGAAAAGUUUCCGAGUGAUUUAAAUUGAUCAAAACUAUUUAUAUUGAAGAAAUAUUCCUUGGCAGAGUACAGAGCCGAUUUUGGUUCAACCAAAGAUUAAAACUAUUAGUUCUUGUUAUAUUUUCAUAUCAAAACUAUUUACAUCAACCAAAGAUUUUAGUUCUUGUUCUAUAUUUUCAUUUUUUGGGUUUCUGAAAAGUCAAUAAUGGGAGAGUACAUAGCCGAUGAAGAUUACGACUAUCUCUUCAAACUAGUUUUGAUCGGAGACUCCAGCGUCGGAAAAACAAACCUUUUGUCUCGAUUCACCAAAAAUGAAUUUAGUAUCGAGUCAAAGGCUACCAUUGGUGUCGAGUUCGCCACGAAAAGUGUUCAUGUCGACGAGAAAAUCAUCAAAGCUCAGCUUUGGGACACCGCCGGUCAAGAAAGGUACAGAGCAAUCACGUGUGCAUACUACAGAGGAGCAGUGGGGGCUCUUCUAGUAUACGACAUAACUCAACAUGUAACGUUCGAGAACGUUGAACAAUGGCUCAAAGAGCUUCGUGACCAUACCGAUGCCAACAUCGUGAUCAUGCUUGUUGGAAACAAAGCUGAUCUUCAUCACCUUCGUGCAGUUCAAGAGGACGAAGCUAAAUCUUUCUCUGAAAGAGAGAACAUGUUCUUUAUGGAAACAUCUGCUCUUGAUGCUACAAAUGUUGAGCAAGCUUUCACUCAUGUCUUGACUAAGAUCUGUCGUGUUAUGAGCCGUAAAGCUUUUGAGGGCACUGGAGAUCCGACGUCUUUGUCUAAAGGACAGACCAUUGAUUUAGGUAGCAAAGAUGAUAUUUCUGUUGUUAAAUCAUCUGGUUGUUGCUCAGGCUGAGAUUAUCUGAAUUAGUAAUUUUGGGAGGGGGAAUGGUUUAAAGUUGGUUUUACAACACAAACCGACCACAAGAAAAUGAAUUGGAUAAGACUAUUCUAGUCGUGAAACUAAAAUGAAUGUUAGACUUCUGUUAUAGCUUUUCAAGAACCGAAGUAAAACCACAAGAAAAUAAACAUGUUGCUUUUGAAUUCGUAUCUAUAAUAUUUAUUUUAUACUUUGUUAAGCAGUUGAAUCUUGCUUAGUUUUGUAUUUAUUAUUAUGGAUUUUGUUGCGAACAAACAUAUUACUGACCUCUCAAUCCUAAUUAUUAGUUUAACGAACCACAUUUAUUCAUUUGAUUUCUGUUAAACUUCGAUCCUAGAUUUCUCUCAAACUCUCUCUCUCUAAUCAAUCUCUCAUGUGUCAAGAAAGUAAAGACUAUAGAAAGACAAAACACUGUUUAUCCGGUGUUCACCACACUCUUCCAAGAUGGAGAAGCUGCUAUAUACUCACCGGCCGACUCUCUUACGGCAAUCCAUCCACUGAACCCCGGUGACCCUGAAACUUGAGCCACCGUACGGAUACAAAGUGUUUCUUCUUCUCUCUUUACAACUCUAUCUCAGCUCAUCUCAUUAUCACCAAGAGACUGAGACUUAUAAACACGCAAAAGAUAGAACACAUGUCUUCAUCCAGAGCUACUCCAAUUGAACCGGAAAUAACCAGAGCAGUCAGCUAAACCAACUGAUAACCCGAAACCUCUGAAUUCUCUAGAGUAUUUGUAUCCUCAAGUAUUUUUUUUUUUUUUUUUUUUUUUUUAUCCUCAAGUAUUAGUGUUUACAUCUUGUCUAUAUUCUUC